GAUCUUUUUUCUUUAGACACUUUCCCACAAUCACAAGACAACAACAACAACAAAGCAGAAGAAGGCAUUACAACUCUCACUCCUUCCUCCUUUGACCCACUGAGAUUUGAUCAUAUACCGAAAUCGAGACUAGUUUCAAAUACAAUGGCGUAUCUCGCUGUAACUGGGGUUCUUAAGGUACCUGCUGCUUCUGCUUCGAGUUUCCAUUCCACCGGCAGCAAAUCCACUGAGGCGGUUCCGACGAGGAGUACUCUUUCUUUCUCCUCCUCUCUCGACGAGAAUGUUUCACUCAGAGCCUCCGUCUCCCGUUGUGUCGGCCGAGAGAGCAGGAAUCCGAUGAUCGUCUCUCCUAAAGCCGUCUCCGAUUCUCAGAACUCACAAACUUGUCUCGAUCCUGACGCCAGCAGCAGUGUUUUGGGGAUUAUCUUAGGAGGUGGAGCUGGGACUCGUCUUUAUCCUCUCACCAAGAAGAGAGCGAAGCCAGCUGUUCCCCUUGGUGCUAACUAUAGGCUUAUUGAUAUCCCUGUUAGCAACUGUUUGAAUAGCAACAUCUCCAAGAUCUAUGUCCUUACUCAGUUCAAUUCCGCCUCUCUCAAUCGUCAUCUCUCUCGAGCUUAUGCGAGUAACAUGGGAGGUUACAAGAAUGAAGGUUUUGUUGAAGUUCUUGCUGCUCAACAAAGUCCUGAAAACCCCAACUGGUUCCAGGGGACCGCUGAUGCGGUGAGGCAAUACUUGUGGUUGUUUGAGGAGCAUAAUGUUUUGGAAUAUCUGAUUCUUGCUGGGGAUCAUUUGUAUCGAAUGGAUUACGAGAAGUUUAUUCAAGCACAUAGGGAGACUGAUGCUGAUAUCACAGUUGCUGCAUUACCAAUGGAUGAGCAACGAGCCACUGCUUUUGGCCUGAUGAAGAUUGAUGAGGAAGGACGUAUUGUUGAAUUUUCCGAGAAACCAAAAGGGGAGCAACUUAAGGCCAUGAAGGUUGACACAACGAUUCUAGGUCUUGACGAUAAGAGAGCCAAGGAGAUGCCUUACAUUGCUAGUAUGGGUAUUUAUGUUGUUAGCAGAGAUGUAAUGCUCGAGUUACUACGCAACAAGUUUCCUGGAGCUAAUGACUUUGGAAGUGAAGUCAUUCCCGGUGCCACUGACCUUGGACUGAGAGUGCAAGCUUACCUAUAUGAUGGAUACUGGGAAGACAUCGGUACUAUAGAGGCAUUCUAUAACGCUAAUCUCGGAAUCACCAAGAAACCAGUUCCUGAUUUUAGUUUCUAUGAUCGUUCCGCUCCCAUCUAUACACAGCCACGUUAUUUACCACCGUCUAAGAUGCUUGAUGCUGAUGUCACGGACAGUGUCAUCGGAGAGGGCUGUGUUAUCAAGAACUGCAAAAUCCAUCACUCCGUGAUUGGACUCCGUUCCUGCAUAUCAGAAGGUGCUAUUAUUGAAGAUACGUUAUUAAUGGGAGCUGACUAUUACGAGACUGCUUCGGAAAAGAGCCUCCUAAACGCCAAAGGAAGUGUACCCAUAGGUAUUGGGAAAAAUUCUCACAUCAAAAGGGCCAUCAUUGACAAAAAUGCACGUAUUGGUGACAAUGUCAAGAUCAUAAACAGCGAUAACGUGCAAGAGUCAGCAAGAGAGACUGAAGGAUAUUUCAUAAAGAGCGGAAUUGUAACCGUUAUGAAGGACGCCUUAAUCCCAGCCGGCACUGUCAUCUAAAUUACACACAUAAUUAAUGCCUCCUUUGUUUAUUUUUCUUUCUUCCUAUAAACACAAGCAGAAACAGACUUUGAUAAUGUAUACCCCCUAUCAAUAAGUUUUCUUUGUGGCUUUUAAGCCCCAAUAAAUCUACUAGUAGUUGUUCUGCUCUUUAGAACGA